AUGGCGACAACCAAACCGACAACUAAUAAUACAACACGAUCCUCAAAACUCCCCGUCAGACGUACAUCGGCAUCAACGGCCAGCAUUAUCUCUUCAAUGACGACCGUAAUGCCUAUCACUACAAAUCGAAAUUCUUUACCUGCUUUGGCAGAAACUACCAGACGCGCCACGCAUGUUACAAGAAAUGUACAAUGCACACAUUUGACUACUACGCGUCUCUUUACCAGAGAGUUUCGAUGUGGGAUUUGUUUCCGAGAAGGUUCAUUUGGAUGGGUGUGGAGAUGUACUCAAGAUCGUGAACUCAUGUUAGAGGAUGACAUGGAUCAUGGACACGCUAGUCAAGAGAAACUGGACGACCUCUGUGAUAUUUUCCCAAGACGUACGGCACCCAGACCUCGUGGACCAGAGGCACGUAAGUCGAGACUGAGUUUCCUGGAUGAAAUCAGUAACAAAGAUCUCAAAACCUAUACACCUGCGCAAAUCCAGACUAUUCUCAGACAACGCAGUCAUCUUCUUGACGUACUUACCGAUUCUGAGGAGCCUGAACUCACACCGUCAAACUCUUCCACCAACAUUCCCCGCUUUCUGUUCAAUCCUUUCUCCCGCCCAUCGCUCAGUACCGCUCAAACAGUCCCAAAUAUGAGAGUCACAAACCCCCGUCCAUGGCUACCGUCUAGAGGUACAGAGUGCCAGUUCAAAUGUUGCCACACAUGCCGGCCAACCCUCCUCGAUCGCAGCUUUCUCAGUCUCAAUGCAAUUUUGGAUGACGACCUACCUUGCACUGCCAUCACUGGGUUUGGAUUUAAUUUACAGAAAUUCAGGCCUGUAGCCAAGGUUGAGGUUGUUAAAAAUUUGGGAUUAAGACCAAAUCCUGUUCCUGUUGAGGUCAAUCCGAGUCGAUCACGAUCUCGAAACCUAAGAUAUCAAAAACGAGCAGCGAACCUUAGCCUUGGUAUUCUUACUCAUCGAUCAAAUGCCACUCCAAUUCCUAACAACCCAAACUACAAUUCUUCGCCUUCUCCAACAGAUACCUGCAAUCCAUCACAUCCAGCUCGUAACUCUUUCCCCAGAUCUGAUAUCUUUUCCAACUCUCCUUCCUCCACCCCGGGGUCUUUUCCAACUUCUUCUUCCGAAACCACUUCAACGUCUAGUGAAUCUAGCGCCUAUCCUUUUCCUUACAUCGCCAUGUCAGGUCCUACCUACCAAUCAAACAAUAUAACCAAUCCAUUCACCUCAAAUUCGAAUAUUCCCCAAAACCACGCAGUGCUAAUUCCUCUUCCUCCACAAACUCCAUCUGAAGUCUCACUAUUAGCUACUCCUACUACACCAACUUUAAUGGAAGAAUCCGAGUCUGAUGGUCACUUUUUUGGUGCGGAACCAUUGGAAGUAGAGGAUGGGGUUGCUGUUAUGGAGGAAGGUGUGGGUUUACAUGUUCCAGAUGUUUUGAUUACACAAUAUUAA